CCGAAACAUACCUCCGGUCCUUGGAGUGUGGAGGAAGUUUCCAAGCUCCGAGCUCUGGUUGAGCAGGCGCAGUUCCUCUUACCCCCAACUACGCUCGGUUCCGGUUCCGCUCCCACUGCAGGUCCCAACGAUAUUCCCGAAGAUGGGAGCGCGCCUGCAGAGGCCCAGCCAGAGAUGAGCGACAGAGGCUGGGACUGGGUCGUCGCCCAGUGGGGCCCGAGCAGGAGCAGACACCAAGUGCUUAACAAAGCGAAGAACAUGGGUUUGCGGAGCGGGAACAUACCCCGCCCUGCUGCUGGUAGUGCGGCGCCUACUGCUACUGCUCCGGGAGUUUCGACGGCUGCGUCGAGGAAAGCCGAGCGGAGGGCGGAGAGGAGGAAGGCCGAGCGGGCGCGCGUGAGAGCGGAGAAGGAAGCCCAGGCCGCCGAAGCCCAAGCGGCUGAAGCCCAGGCCGCUGCUGAUGCCGUUGCUGCUGCUGCAGCUGCAGUCGCUGCGGAAACAGCUAGCGCGAACCAGACUGGAGGGUCGGCGACGGAUUUGGAUUUCAUCUUGGACGAUCAUGAUGAUGAUGAGCCAGAGGUGCCGGUGCAGGCGCCUAUCCCCAGGCACGUAACGCAGCAUCAGGAGGUGUUACAGCAUGUCCAAGCCCAGGUUCAUGCGCACCAAUCUCGUCAGCUAGUAGUGCAGACACAAGUCCAACAGGUCCAGCAAGUGCAGCAGACCCAGCAACGUCAGCCGCAACAGCAGCAGACGCAGGCUCAACAACAGGUUCAGGGCCAGUAUGCGGUCGCUUACGCAGAUUAUCGUCCCAAUUCUGGGCAGGACUACAGGCAGCAGCAACAGCAACAGGCCCAGGCCCAGGCCCAAGCCCAAGCCCAAUCACAGGCACAGGCGCAAGAAUAUCGACCCGGCUCAGGACAGGAGUACAGGUCAACGUCCCAUACUACCACGACGCGCAGCACGAGCCACCAUUCGGACUACCGGCCCGCGACGCAGCCGACUUCGGAGUAUGCGUAUUCCCAUGCCCAGGCUCAAGUACAGGCGCACACGCCGACGCAGGGGAUGCUUAAUAGUCCCUUGUCUGGUAGCUUGCAUGCCUCACCUCUAUUGGCACACGCGACGCAGCCGCAGACUGUGCCCACCCAGAGGCUCCCGGGCCUCCAGCAGCAGCAGCUUACGAAUGGUCAGGCGCGUACGGAUCUACCCCACUUGAGGGACAUCCGUGAUUUUUCCAGGGACAUUACCCAGCUCCCCACGCCUACCUCGACACAGCAGUCCCAUAGCCAAGGUCACACGCCGGUGCAGGGGUCGCAGCCUGUUGUGCAUCAUCAGGUGCACCAGCCGCAGCCACAGCAAGCUGCCGCUCAUCGCCUCUCUCAGCGUCAACAAACCCAGCGCCAUGCGCAUACACAGGCGCACACCGCCCAGCAGCCGCAGCACACGCAGACGCAGCAGCAUACGCAAUCACAGCAUACGCAGACGCAGCAGCCUCAGCAGGCACAGGCACAGCAGCAGCAGCCUCAGCAGCAGUAUGCAUACCAAUACCCUUCCGUUCCCUCAUCGAUAUCACAGAAUUCAUCCGAUGCAGAUAUUUUGCCGAGGUAUUCGUCGUAUUACCACGGAUAUGCGCAAUACCCGGACUCUUCGGGACGGUAAUUCGUUCUCCUUGUAGUGUACCUUUGUAAUGUUUCUCUCAACGCGAUACUAGUUUACGGGUAAAAAGUCAUGCGCAUGUCUUAACAGCGUGCACAACUC